UUAUGUGGUCGUGUUUGACUAAAACUUCCAGGGCCGCGAUUUCCCUUUCGUUGUCAACGCACUCGGCACUUUUUUUUUACUGUAUUAUCUGCAGAUUAACGCGUUACAAGCCAUCUAGUGCUAAGACACACGGCGCACCAGCACUUCCGAGCGUCCUCCGCUAAAAAAGAUGCAUAGGCUCUCGAGGCAGAUAGUAUCCACAACGCGUCUGCUUCGACCUCAAAAAGCCUUGGACCGAUAUCCCUUCGCCUCUCUCCCCCUGUGUCGCCGUUGUAUCUCCCAAAACAAACUUUCGAAUUUACCUGACUCCCUCGCACAAGGACCUUUUGGCGAACUCUACCAGAAUUUGAGGGCGGAUUUACCGAGGGACGAGCUUGUGAAGAUCAGUGCUGGGCUUAUAAAGAGUGCGGAGGAUGAACGGCAGGUUGAGAGAGUGGUUAUGUUUCUAGAGGAGAAUUAUCCUCAUUUAGAUGAGGAGGAGCUGCAUGAUGAAAUAACACGUCUUUUGGAAUCUAAAGUGAGUUCGGAAUCAUCGGGUGAGGUUCCCGAGUCUUCAGAGAUGGGUUCAAAGGAAGCGGAGGCGAAGGUUGAGCCAACGUCUGUCUCAGGCAGAUAUCAAGUAUCCAACCACCAAGAUCUUACAGAGGUUUUAGAUACACAAGAGGCGCAGGAAGCUAUCGUGAUGCUCAACAGACCUGAGAAAGAGAAGUUCCAAGAGCUGACGGUCGCAAUCAUGUCCAAGGAGGAAGGAGUUGAUGUCUCUUCUAUGCGUCAACUUGCUGAACUUCUAGGUCAAUACGGACUCAAGAUGGAUGUCGUCGACAACACAAGCUCUGAGUCCGUUGGAGACGCUGAGUAUCAGGAGCAGUUUAUGACCGAAGAACAAGCAGAACUGGCGCGAAGGAGAGCUAUAGCUGAAGCCAAUCCUCUUGCGCAGACCGAAGAAGAGGAAGAACGCCGUCCAUACCCAAAUCUCAUGUCCGCCGAUCCUCUCAUGGACUCGCGCGACGUCCUUGAACUUCCGCCAACCCCCGAAAAUCCAUUCCACAACCGCGUUGUCGUACGGAAUCACACUUCAAUGUUUCAUGAAGCUAUGGCGCUCGAUGGUUUCGAUUUUGAAGACCCGCGUUGGGAACCCACGAGAACAGAUCUAAGUGAAGAGGAGAUAACUCUCAACGAAAGUGCUGGAGUUGACGCUUCGGUUUCGAACGAAAACUUUUUCAUCUUUCCCCUCGUUCAGCGAUGGACAACGCAACAGACCGGGAAAGGGAAGAUAAAACAUUUUCAGGUUUUCCUUGUGACCGGUGACGGGAAUGGCAUGGUUGGUUUGGGAAUAGGAAUGGAUGAGGAACGCGAGACGGCUUUCCAGAAGGCACGAAUCGACGCGUUAAAGAAGCUGGACUAUGUCGACAGAUACGAGAACAGGACGAUUUGGACAGAUAUGAAGAGCAAAUUUCGAUCCACGGAAAUCAUAAUGCGACCUCGACCUACCGGCUUUGGUUUACGGUGUGGUCCUAUUAUGCAUCAGGUUCUGAAGGCAGCUGGGAUCAAAGACGUUAGCGGGAAAGUAUGGGGAAGCCGGAAUCCUGUCAUGAUCAUGCAAGGUCUAAUGAAGAUGUUGCACGGUGGACAUGCUCCUCUCGGUAUGGGGAACGGCAUUGGUGGUAAGGGGAAGCGCCUGGCGAAGGGUAGCGGUAUGCGGACACAGUUUGACGUGGAGAGGGAUAGAGGUAGGAAGUUGGUUAGUAUUAGAAAGUAAUCUACUAGCUGCUGCAUAGUACAAUGCUUCGAUCUAAAUAUGGUCUUUUCGUCGUCUCCUUUGAACAAUUGCACCGGGA